AUGGACGGUCCCAUCCGGAGCUGUCCGUUCUGCGGCUUUCGAGCGGUGGAAUAUGCAAUGCUGCUCCAUGUGGAAGAAACUCACUCGGAAGGCUCCUCGCCUUUUGUUGUGAGAGACGCUGCAGUUGCCAAGACUGAGCCAAUUAGUGGAGCUGAGGACGACAAGGUCGACCAGCAUGCCGACGCCGACCAGGAGGAAGGAGAGUACACGGAGUGUCCGGUCGAGGGCUGCGGCGAGAUUCUACUAACCAAGGAGGUCGAGGACCACCUGGAACUCCAUGCCGGAGAAGUACAAGGAGGCGAUUCCGGCCCCGAUUCGACAUCGGACAGCGCCGCAGAAGCCGGCUCUCUGGCUGCCAAAUCCCGUCACCAGAGCGGCGGCGCCGGGGACGACUCGGGCCAUCGCCGAGAGAGGGAAGAGAAGAGGCGACACCGCCACCACCGAGACAAAUCUUCCAAGUCCAGUCGGCAGUCGAGCACCAUCCAGGCAUGGCGCAAGCUCCUGGCCAUGCCGCAGGCCAAGAGCCCUUCGCCCGCGCCAGCUAGCGACGCAAAGGCCUCCGGUGCUGCGGGAGACUCUGCCGCUGGGAGCGCGGCCGAUGCCUCGGCGGCGAACGCUGUCCCCAAGAGGAAGAGGCUCGGUAAGGCCGAGCUGGGCAAGUACGCGCACGAGAAGCGGAUGCCCGACUGGCUCGUCGAGCACCUCAAGAAGGGGUUCGGCAUCCGGCAGGAGGGCGUCCUGCCGGUGCUGGAGCAGCUGCUCGAGCAGAGCCCGUCCAACUCGUACGCCUACCUGUGCCACCCUUGCGUGCAGCACGUGUCGAAGCUCAAGAAGGAGGGCGGCUUCUGCGGGUACCGCAACAUCCAGAUGAUGGUGUCCUACAUCGUCGGCUCGCAGUUCCUCGGCUUCGAGCACUUCCCCGAGGGCAAGCUGCCGACCAUCUUCCGGAUCCAGGACCUCAUCGAGGAGGCGUGGGACAAGGGCAUCAACGCCCAGGGGCGCGUCGAGACGGGCGGCGUGAAAGGAACGCGCAAGUACAUCGGCACGCCCGAGGCCCAGGCUGUCUUUUGCUCACUCGAUGUCCCGUGUGAGGCCCAAGGCUACAGGAACAAGGAGCCCGGUAGGUCAGAAGAGCGGCUUUUACAGGAGAUUGAGCGGUACUUUGAGUCCGGCGUGCUCGAUCCUACGUACAAGGUCCGAGCCACAAUGCUUCCUCCAAUCUAUUUUCAGCACGCAGUGGCAGGCCAUUCGAUGACCAUUGUUGGAUUCGAAAAACUCAAGAACGGGCUCGGUAACCUGCUCGUCUUUGACCCCAUGUUCCACGAUGCCCCCGGAAUCACCAGGCUUGUGGGCAGGUACUUUGAGCACGCUUCUCCCGACGUGAUGCUCAAGCCCUACCGGCGAGGACACAAAUACCUGGGCAAGUAUCACGAGUUCGAGGUCCUGCGCCUCCACCUGCCCGAGAUACCGUCACUGGGGCCGCAGGCCGGAGGAGACGCAGCGGAUGCAUCCAGCAAGGACUAG